GUAGCAGUGGAUGUGGCGCUUCGUAGUUAAGGAAGACUAAGCUUUAUUUUUGUUUUAAUAGAGAUCAGUUGUGCGAGACUCGUGAACUCUAUAGAAAGCAGAAACGGAUUUUUGUGCGUAACGUUGCUUUUCGUUUGGAAAGUGGAGAGGCGGAAGCUCUGAGCGAUACGUCAUGGCGUCUCGGAAAAAAGUCCUGCUGAAAGUGAUUAUCCUGGGAGACUCUGGAGUAGGGAAGACUUCUCUGAUGAACCAGUACGUGAACAAUAAAUUCAGUAACCAGUACAAGGCCACCAUUGGUGCGGAUUUCCUCACCAAAGAGGUGAUGGUGGAUGACCGACUUGUCACCAUGCAGAUUUGGGAUACAGCCGGUCAAGAGCGUUUCCAGUCUCUGGGCGUGGCUUUCUACCGUGGGGCAGACUGCUGUGUGCUGGUGUAUGACGUCACGGCACCAAACUCCUUUAAGACACUAGACAGCUGGAGAGAUGAGUUCCUGAUCCAAGCCAGCCCUCGUGACCCGGAAAACUUCCCCUUCGUUGUGCUGGGCAACAAGAUUGACCUGGAAAACAGACAGGUGACAACAAAACGCGCCCAAGCCUGGUGUCAGAGCAAAAAUAACAUUCCGUAUUUCGAGACCAGCGCCAAAGAGGCCAUUAAUGUGGACCAGGCCUUCCAAACCAUCGCACGCAAUGCACUCAAACAGGAGGCUGAGGUGGAGACGUAUGAUUUUCCGGAUCAGAUCAAACUCCGAGAUGACAGACCUCCCUCUUCCAGCGACGGCUGCAGCUGCUGAGAGACGGAGAGAGAGAGAGACAGACAGAGAGAGACGGAGAGAAAGAGAGAUGGAUGGAGUGAUGGAGGGAUGAGGGGCAGACAGAUGGUUGUGAUCUAAAUGAAGAGCCAGUCUUUCUGAAGUCAUCGUUGACUCCUUGCUAAUUAGGAAGUUUUUGUUUUUUUUCUUUGCCCCACUUCUUCUCAAGACGGUUUUUUU